AUCUUAAGCUUUAAAUCUUAAACCCUGAUUCAAUCCUUUUAGAGUUAUUAAUGAACUUCCACUUCCAUUUUACAAAAAAUCAAAAGUUGAUAUGACAUUUUCUCAUUCAUUAGUUAUUGUUAAAUUAUACUGACUCAGAUUCUACUUAAUUAUCAAUCUCCUGUAGUGGAAGAUUGCCAAGACUGAAACCCCAAAUAUGAAAAUACCUCAUUAAUCUGAGAAUUAGCUCAUGUAAGAUGGGUUACUUUAAAUUUUCAAAUAACUCUUUCAAAGCAUUACUUAAAUACUUUGGAAAAAUUUAUUGUUAUUGAAUCUAAAAGCUUAUCUAUAUACCGAUAACAGGAAAUUUGUCAAAGAUCUUUACAAUAAUUUAUUCGAUUCCUUAGACAUCUUAAUAAAUUACAAACCAUUGAGAUAUAUCUGA